GGUUAUAGACCGUUCUCAUGCGUAAACUUUAUCAAAAUGAAUAUAAUGUACCUAAAUAGGUUGUUGUUGUGCCUGUUUUGCUUCACUUUGACGUGUCUACUUUAAUUUACAGGAAUGUCUGCGGGUUCGCUGUCCUCUGUUACCCUGCAGCUGCUGCUGAACCUGACGAGCAUCUAUUUCGUCUUCUAUUUCCUCUUCACUCUCAGCCUAAUCAUCAAAAAGAGCUUGGAGUUGCCGUAUCCUUCUGAUGCGUUGACAAAUGAUGUUGGUCUACUGGUCCUCUUUGCUGCUCUGGAGUUUCUGCAUUUCUAUUGGGGUGCGAGGGGCAAUCUGACGGAGAGUGACAGCUAUAUGUUUGGGAACCUCAUUAUGACAGUAGCAACCAUCUUAUUGGCGGUGUACUUCCUGGUGUGGCAGACCUACGUCAUGAGAGCGGACGUGAUAAUCAGCAGUGUGUUGAUCACUGUCUAUGGUGCAGAUGGAGUCCUUGCUUUAAGCACCCUGGCCAAAUUUAGGAGAGAGUAUUUGUGAAGAAGACUUCACCACCAUAUAUCCUGCAGCAAAUAGGAAGUUAAUAUUUCACAGAUAGAAAACAAGAUUUAUGAAAUGAAUGUGUUUUUUGGACAGUUUGAGUGUUUUUAUUGUAAUUUCUUUUUUUUUUAUUAAACUUUUGUUCUUUUUUAAUUAUUUCAUUCUUGCAGGCUAAGUAUGAAAAAAUGUACUAAAUAUGACUUAAUGACUAAUUAAUUGUAAGUAUUUAUGUAGCUGGAAGUGGAACAAAAGUAAUAGAAAUGUUGGUUGUGUUCAAGUCAAACCCAGGGUUUCUGAUCAGUCAGGAAAAGUCAAAAGUCUGAUUGAAAUUAUUUCUGGGUCUGGAUAAAUGUUGAAACAGGAGAGAAUAUAGAAAAUAUUUGCAUUUUCACAUUUCAUUCAUUAUCCCAAUGUCUAAAUGUCUGUUCAUCCAUCCAUCUAAUCAUUCAUCUCCCUUUCUCUCCCUGUUUCCAGUCUCUUGGUCUGUGGGUUCAAUAUUUACACACUGACCACUGUAGAAAUAUCUGCUAUAAAGUCACAACAAUCUUUGGUUGUUGUGAAUAAAAAAAAAUCUGUAGAAAUCCUGUAACUUGGAUCCCUCCUUAGUUUCCAUGCAUUACCUAGUUUGUCCAGCAGAGGGCAGUAUAGUUUUAAAAUGUAAUAAAAUGGAAGAUUUUUAGUACUUAGUUUCUUUUUUUAUUACAAUGCUUGUUUUUAGUGUUUGAAUGAGGUUUGGCCAAACAAUGUGAAACAGUCUGAACUUAUGCACAGCAAUAACAGCCUAAAUCCAAAACAGUAUUGUGAGAUAACGUAACAUGGCCCAGUAAUAUGAAAUAACAAAUAAUAGCCCUAGUGUUUUCACCCUGUGUCCUCUACAACGCCUUCCUGGCUGCAUUUAACGUCUACCUCAUUUUCAGUGUUUGUCCUUUAUGGCUCCACUUUCCUCAAACAGAUUUCUCAAUACUGACAGCUGAGGUUAAUGAUCAAACCCAGUGACAAGGUUCCUAAAGUAACCACCUUCCAAACAAAUCACAUAUCAGAGUGCUUGUGGUUGAGCAACAGGUGAGCACAGAUAAACACUGACUGUAGGUCGGCCACGCUGUACAUCUGUCCUUGAUGCCCCAAGAGGUGCCUUUUUCUUCUGGCUUUCAGUUUAAGCACUAUGACUGCUUGUUCAUGUAAUUUGCACUGCAUAAGAACAGCAUUGUGUGGAUGAAUUUCUUUGGAGGGACCAAAGAGAGGUCAUUGUUAGCUAGUGAUACUGGAACCUGGGCAGCGAUCCAUGCAAUUACCCUCAGGAAUCCAGCCAGUUUAGACCAGUCUCUGCUUAGUGUACAAAAGAAGCCUCUGAAUAAUAAAACAAUGCAACACA